AUGUCAGUAAAUCCAGCCAACCCUCCACGACCUGCUCUUGUCGCAACAAUUGAAGAUAGUUUUGCCUAUAUUACUGCAACAUCAAGAUGGCCAAUAAUUGUGACAAAAAUUAUUGACGAUAUUUAUAAGACUCGUCAUUCACUUGAUCUUUCAGAAGGUGAUAAAAUUAAAGAAGGCAAAGAAAUUAUUGAUUCUAUAGGAGAAUUGAAAUAUCAUAUGCAACGAAAAAAACCUUUGACUCCAAUCGAAGAUGACGGAGAGCCGGAUAAUGGCACUUGGACAUAUGUUUUCAACACUUAUUUCAAAGAUGACAAUUGGUACUCAGCAACUUGGCUAUUUACUGAAUGUUAUUUAUAUCGUCGAAUUCAUUCUAUACUUUCAAGAACCAAACAUUGGAAUAAUUACGAUCCUUUUUUUCGUCAAAAAGAAGAUGCUUUUAAAGGUUCAUAUAUUGCAAUUAUCGAAAUCGCGAAACGUAUUGACGAAUUGGUUUACAUCCCAAAGCUGCAUGCAGAUAAUGAAGAAAUAGAUACUGGUAGAAUUAUUUUCCAUGAGCUUGCCCAAAUAUCACUCUGGGGCAAUUCAACAGAUUUGUCUUUACUUACCAAUCUUAGCGAUGAGGAUAUUAAAAAAUUGCAAGAUAUGGGAACAAAAAAGUUGGAAGAAUUAGAGAAAAAUAUUUUAAAGAAUGAUUUAGAAAAAGUAUGGAGUUAUAUAUCAGAACAUCGUAAUUCUAGAAUUGAUAUUGUUCUGGACAAUGCUGGAUUCGAAUUAUACGCGGAUUUAGUUUUGUCAGAUUGGUUAAUCCAAUCCGGAUACGCAAAGGAAAUCUAUUUACAUGCCAAAAAAAAUUCCGUGAGCGAAGAUUUUUUUUUAUCAGCCUCCGAAAUGGAAAAAUCUUUUCUCAAAAAAUUUUCAAAUCGUUUGCAAUAUUAUAUUACCAAUUCUCAAUUAUUCCUUACUUCCAAUUAUUUCUGGACAUCACCAUAUUCGUAUUGGCACUUGGCAGAACAAGCACCUGAUUUGUAUGCUGAUUUAUGUAUGUCUAACCUUGUAAUAUUUAAGGGUGACCUUAAUUAUAGGAAAUUGGUAUAUGAUUGUAAAUGGAAGACUACUACUCCAUUUAAGGAGGCUGUUGGACCAUUGGCAAACAUGAGAGGCUCACCACCUAUACUUGCUUUACGAACAAGUAAGGCUGAUGUUAUAGUUGGACUUGAAGAAGGAAUUGAAGAAAGGUUAAGUGUUAAUGAAAAGGAUUGGAUGUAUUCUGGAAAAUAUGCAAUAAAGCGAUACCUUCAUAUUGCAAAAAUUGAAACAAAAACAUCACAGUUACCAUGGUAUUCAAAAAUUGAACCCUUGGCAACACAUAUUCAAAAAGUUUCUAAAUCUAUUUAUUUACCAAAAUCACAAGUUUCAAUUGAUGAAAUGGUUGCCAGAUUUAGAGUAGAAGCAGUCAUACA